AUAAGUGCAUAGAAGUUAAGCACUUUCUUUUUCUGCCCUUUCCACACUAUAUUAGUACCUACUCACUUCUUUCCACCUACACAAUUCCAAUAGAAACUUCUCUAGUUCAAUUGUAAAUCACUCUUAUCCUUGUCCUCCCACCCCUUAAAGAAACAAGAAAGAAAUGUUCUAAACCUCCAAUGCUAUGUUUGCACUUCAAGUAAUAUGUUAUAUGUACUAACACAAAAAUAUUUUUUAGCUUGUUCUUGCCUCCCAAACCUCCAAAAGAACCAAAUAAAGCAACACCACAUGUGUAUUUUUGAUCUUUCAUUUUGUUCUAGCUAUAGCAAAUUAGCACACAAGACAUCAGCCUACCCCCUAUUCCAUUUCUUGAUUUGAAAGAACUAGAUUCUUGAUUUUCCUUUUAUGGGCUCUUUCAAGCAAACAUCAACAAGUUUUCUAUACAAUCCAAAUAUAAGUACAGAUUCAGAAUCUGAAUUCUCUGGUAUUCUUGAAAUUCAUGUCCACAAUGCUAGGAAUAUUCACAACAUUUGUAUCUAUGACAACCAAGAUGUUUAUGCCAAAUUUUCACUUACAUACAAUCCUGAUGAAGCCAUAUCAACAAGGAUCAUAAAUGGUGGUGGCAAAAAUCCAGAUUUCAAUGAAGAUUUAGCCAUGAAAGUAUCCCAAAUCGACUCGAUUCUCAAAUGUGAGAUAUGGAUGCUUAGUAGAGCCAAAACACUAAUGGAAGAUCAACUCUUAGGAUUUGCUUUAGUACCUAUUUCUUCAGUUAUUGGUAAAGGAAAAUUCACUCAAGAUUUUAGUCUUUCUUCUACUGAUUUGUUUCAUUCUCCUGCUGGUACUGUUAAAUUGUCACUUUUCUUGAAUACCAACAACCCCAUUUCAGUAUCAAAUAAUCCUUCUUGUUCACCAUCAUCUUCUUCUUCUAUAAGUUCAGAAGUUGUAUUACUAGACAGAAAUACAUCUCAACUUGUUCUUGAUCCGAUCGAGUAUUCAAGAAUUGAGUUUCCUGAGAUCAACUUAGUUAAAGAGAAUCAAGAAAUGGUGUCUCAAUAUUUUGACUUAGGUGGUUCAUUUCUCCAACUUUCUGCAUCAUUUCACAGUCAUCAUAAUGAUCAACAACAGCAGCAGCAGCCCGAGAAUCAUGACUACGAAAUGGCUGCAAUUAAUCCAUCAGAAGAAGAAGAUGAUGAUGAAAUUGCUGAUGAUCAUGACUCAAAUAUUUCUCCAAAAGAAAGUAUUCACAAUUCUUGGUUUCUUAGCUCCUCAUUAACAAGUACACUAAGUGAUGACAGGAACUCAGUAGGCUCAUCACCAGAUAAAAAGAUCGAUAACAUGAUCGAUAAAAAGGACUCAAUUAAGAACGAAAACGAAGAAAGGAAAGAACCCCAUGUGGUAUUUUCAGCUCCAUUAGGGAAUAUAAUCAAGAUUGAUGCAGAACAAUCAGCUAUGCAGCAGCAAAUAGUGGAUAUGUACAUGAGAAGUAUGCAGCAAUUUACUGAAUCAUUAGCAAAAAUGAAGCUGCCUAUGGAUUUGGAUAAAUCAGGAGCUGAUCUUGAUGAUCAGAAAGAUCAUGUGAUUCAUAAUCAUGGAAGUUCAUCAGAUAUGAAUAACAAUAAGAGGAAAGAGAAUUCAAGAGUUUUUUAUGGUAGCAGAGCCUUCUUUUGAACUGUCUAUGUUUGAUCAUGGUAUUCAAAAUCUGGUUUUUAAACAGUAUUUUUGCCAUCUAAUUGAAGGGGAGCUUUGGCGCAACCGGUAAGAUUGCUGCCAUGUGACCAGGAGGCCACAAGUUCGAGCCGUGGAAACAGCCUCUGGCAAAAAUGCAGGUAAGGUUGCGUAUAAGAGACCCUUGCGGUCCGGCCCUUUUCCGGAUCCCGCGCAUAGCGGGAAUUUAGUACACCGGGCUGCUUUUUUUAUUUUGGUCAUCUAAUAUUCAUCUUUUUAUGUUGUGUUUAGUGUGACAAAGAGAGUGACAUGACAAAAAGUAACUUAUUUCCAUGUGAGAAUUGUUUCCAUUAGCCAUAAUCCCACAAUUUUUUUAA